UGAAGCUUCCUGGGCAGAUAGGAUAAAUUGUUAUUUUGUUGCCACUGUAGGCUCCUGUGUUGUCGGUGGAGUGUAAUUUACAUACUUGUAGCGAGUGUUGUAUUCGCUCGAUAACCAAUUCGAUUGUAUCAAUUCGCGAUGGUUCAUUCGAUGUAGUUGAAAUCAGUUGUUUUAUAGCCAGUUCGUGUGAAUUCAGGAUACAGCAGCCAGCCAGCCAGGACUGCUGUUGCGUAAUUACUGUACUAUGUGAGCUGUGUUUGUCUAAAUCUGUCAGGCUACGUUUUAUGCCUUUUUAUUGACCGUCUAUAUAGUCUAUUUAUUUGUUUACUUUUCAACUUAAAGAUAUAGUUUUAUCUGUGCUAAUGGGGAACAGUAGAACAUACAUCAGUAUAGGAUAUGCUACCUUUGGUAUGCUGGUUGGAUUUUCAGCUUUUUUGGUCUGGAACAUAGCAUACAAACAACAGUGGACGGCGGCAAUGGGCGGAUUGUCAGGUACAGUAUCAACAUAGCAUGACGGACAUACCAGUGUGUCGUUAACAACAUUAGCUUGAGCAACAAUAGUGGAAUCGGGGGUUUGCCUCCAAAAUAAAAGUUUCCCAUUGAAACCAUAUUUCUAUCUGGAAUCCUUGGGACGUCCCUACCCUAAACCCUAACAUAGCCAUUUUAUAUGUAAACUUCAAUGGGGUAGGGACGUCCCAAGGAUCCCGAAUAGGAAGGGGCCUUAGGAAAAGUCCUCUGCAGGAAUGAAUGAAAUUCUGCAGUAUUUCAAUUAAAUGCAGGAAUGAAUGAAAUUCUGCAGUAUUUCAAUUAAAUGUUUCAAGGACAAAAUUGCAUGUAUUUUAAGUAUUUUUGUUGUUGUAGUGGAGAUAGUAACAUUAGUAAUCUCUAAAAAUUAUACUUGAAGGAAAAUGUUUUUAUAUUUAUUUUUAUGUGUAACACAUAAUAUAAUGUAAAAGUAUGCGUUAAGGUGUCUCAAAUAAAAUAAACAUUGCAAAAAUGAAUGUAGGCAUUAAUAAAUGCAUUUCUAUAGCUUCCAAAAUAUAUUUUACAACAGUGGGGCAGUGCCAAGAUGGAGGAACAGUGGCUUCAACACAGUCAUCUAGUGUAUAUAUAUAUAUAAGUAAUUGAUUGAAACUGAUACAAACGGAUAAGAAUAGUGGAAUGAGCCACAAUUUGACUAGAUAAUGCUAAACAAUGUUGUUAUAGAAAUUCAACAAAAGACAAAAAUUACUAAAUUUGAAAAAAUACAUCUGUUGAAAUUGCACUGUGGAUAUAUUAGAUUUCAGAAUUGCAUUGGGGGCAUACUUAGUUAGCUGCUCUGUACAGCCUUGGGCUACUUAUGGAUCAUGGGUCCAUGAAAUGAGGUAUCAGCCUACUCUGUAAAACCCACAGAUUACGAAAGUUACACAAUAAGAGCUACGCCGCUAAUAUUUGUGUAAACUCUUCAGAAUUGUGAUCUGUGGGUGUCACUGAGUAGGCUGAUACCCCAUUUCAUGGACCCAAGAUAGUUAAGGCUGUACAGUGCAUAUAAGUAUGCCCCCAAUGCAAUUCUGAAGUCUAAUACAUCCACUGUACGAUUUCAACUGACUUUACUGUUUCGUGUCAAAUUAACUAAUUAUUUUAAUUUGUUUAAUUUAUAUAACGACAUGCCAACAUUGUUUAGCAUUAUCUAGUCCAAUUGUGGCAUGAUCCCACAGUUUUUAUCAGUUUGCAUGUUUCAAUUGGGGACUUUUAAUUUGAAGUCGAGCCGACAUCUCCACUGUUGUUGCUAAUGUUGUUCACAACACACACAUGACAGACUUAUAAUAAUAUUUAUAUGCCAUUUAGCAGACGCUUUUAUCCAAAGCGACUUACAGUCUUGCAUGCAUACAUUUUUGUGUAUGGGUGGUCCCUGGGAUUGAACCCACUACCCUGGCAUUACAAGCGCCGUGCUUUACCAGCUGAGCUACAGAGGACCACCCAGAGACUUGUAGGCCUAGGCCUAGAUACAAUUUACAUUUACAUUUUAGUCAUUUAGCAGACGCUCUUAUCCAUAGCGACUUACAGUUAGUGAGUGCAUACAUUUUUCAUCAUUUAAUGGGCAUUUCACCACAAUGUUGAAUAAAAUUGUCAAUGUCCUCCACUAGUAUGUCAGUGCAUGCAAAUCACUCAGAGCCUGUUUGAUAUUUCUCAUGGUUUCUGUGAAAUGUUGUUUUUGUGUAAUACUUUGUUGUUACUGUAGCAAAAAAAAGGCUUAAAGCUCUAGCACAGGGAUGGACAAAUAGCACUUUUUUGAAGGCCCUUGGAUCAAUUUUAACAAAAAUAUAUUUAAUUUUUUAUUAGGAACUCAGUCGGGGUCUCAACUUACUGUUUCGAGUUAGAAUAGUAGAAUACACAAGGUGCGAUUUCUAAAUUUGGUUGUGCAUCAGCAGUUUUCUUCUUAUGUAAGUCCCAUUGAUUUUGUUAGUCAGUCUAACUCAGAUAUAAUAUUAAAAACUGCAAACAUUUCUCUUCAGCGUAUGGCAAAAUGUGUAGAAUUGCAGGAAAUUAGCUGUAAAACAGCUCAUGUACAUCUCCGCCCCAUGGCAAAAUGUAUAGAAUAGCAAGCAAACUCUUUAAAACGGCAACAUUUUCUCUACACCCCAUGGCAAAAUGUGUAGAAUUGUACGAAAUUAACUCUAAAAUGUAAUUUUUGUAAUCUCCGCUGUCGAGGGGGUCACAAAUGUUUUGCUCGCAAUUUGGGGUGUAGAUCGGCCCCUCAUGAUGAGUUCAGAUUUUUUGUGGCCCCCAUCCCCAUCAAAGUUGCCCAUCCCUGGUCUAGCCUAAGACCUUGAUGAACUGAGACCAUUACUUACAACUUUUGAAUUAAUGCUUAGAGGUGUGAAUUGAAUAGGCUGACUGUUUGCAUCACAUUUAGCAUCACAACCUUUAAUUAGCGCAAGGACCCCUCACAUCUUGUUCACCAAUGGCUUUUUCUGUGACGCUCCCUAACUAAGCACACUGUCACUAUGUCCUAGUUCAGUCAUGAUGUUUCACAGUAUGCCUGCCUUUCUGGAGAGUAUGAUCAAGUAUUCCACAUGUUUCUGUCACCCAACAGGAGUGCUGGCGUUCUGGGCCCUUGUCACCCACAUUAUGUACCUGCAGGACUACUGGCGCACAUGGCUGAAGGGACUCAAGUUCUUCAUCUUCGUUGGGGGUCUCUUCUCCAUACUGGCUGUGGUGGCCUUCGCUACUUUCCUCACCCUCGCCAUCACACAGAAGCAAUGUGAGUCUUUCUGUCUCAUAUUCUCUUAUCUGAUAUAUAACUAUUGAUUACAGAUUUAUAAACUAUAUAUCAACUAGUAAAUACGUAUUUUAUUUCUUACAUUAUUUUAAUUUUUUGGGGGUAGAUCAGCUUUAAUAUUGCAGAUAGAUUGUAACUUCCAUCAAUGUAAUUGUCUGCAUCACUUCCAAUCCCCCAUAUAUAAAUAACAGCUUAUUAACAUUGUAGAGAUAUUCUGAAAACGUUUGACAAAUUGUAUAUUCUCUCCCGUCCUGCAGCGCCCACUGACCCAACGAGCCUGUACCUGUCCUGUGUCUGGAGCUUCCUCACUCUCAAGUGGGCCUUCCUCCUGGCCCUGUACUCCCACAGGUACCGCCAGGAGUUUGCAGACAUCAGUAUCCUCAGUGACUUCUGAUCACCCUCCAUUUUACCCGCCAUACACUGGGUAGGAGUUUUGCAGAGCAGGGUUUGGGGAACCAGCCAGUUGCAGAAGAGUUGUUCAAAAAUAGGUUUCAACGAAAGAGAGCUCGGAGAAGCUGGGAUGGCUGCAUAAGAGUUCUUUGAACUUUUGGUCGACAUAGUUACACACUCCGGACAAGCACUAAAUUGUUGUCAACCCCCACUACUAUACAUACAGUAACAGCUAUUUUUUUAAAAACCUUUAUUUAACCAGUCAAGUUAAGAACAAAUUCUUAUUUA